ACAACAAUUCCAUUUAAUAAAUUCCCCAUCCGAAACGUAUGUGAUCCAUUUUGUCUGUUCUGUUGUUGAUUACGGUUCUCGGUAGGUUCCGCAAGUAAUAGCGCACAAUGUUUGCCCGCUGCUCUUCGUCGCUCGCACGCCCAUCGGUUCAGGGUUUUCGGCGCUUCCAGAGCACGCUAGUCGUGGCCGAACACAACAAUGAGACGCUCAACCCAAUCACGGCCAACGCGGUGACAGCGGCGAAGAAGCUUGGCGGUGAUGUGACCGUACUGGUUGCUGGCACAAAAGUUGGUCCCGUUUCGGAGGCAGCCGCUAAGUUGGACGGUGUGAAGAAGGUGUUGGUAGCGGAGGGUGACGCGUACAAGGGUAUGCUGGCGGAAUCACUAACACCGCUCGUGUUGGCCACGCAGGAGCAGUUCAAAUUCACACAUAUCGUAGCGGGAGCGACGGCUUUCGGUAAGGCUGUCCUUCCACGUAUCGCCGCCAAGCUGGAUGUAUCCCCGGUGUCGGAUAUUACCGGUGUACAGUCCGCCGAUACGUUCGUGCGCACGAUCUACGCCGGCAAUGCAAUCCAGACGGUUAAAUCGAAAGAUCCAGUGAAGGUCAUUACGGUGCGCGGUACUAACUUCGAACCGACCGGAGUGGCCGGUAGUGCGGCUGCAAUAGAGAAAGCUCCGGCUGGAGACUUUGCUAGCAAAACGACCGAAUUCGUCAGCCAAGAGUUGACCAAAUCCGACCGUCCUUCGCUCACUGCGGCGAAGAUCAUCGUGUCCGGUGGACGCGGUAUGAAAUCGGGCGACAACUUCAAGAUGCUGUAUGAUCUGGCGGACAAAUGGGGCGCAGCGGUGGGUGCUUCCCGUGCUGCCGUGGAUGCUGGAUACGUGCCGAACGAUUUGCAGAUUGGACAGACGGGCAAAAUUGUGGCACCGGAGCUGUACGUUGCUAUCGGGAUUUCCGGCGCCAUCCAGCAUCUGGCCGGUAUGAAGGACUCGAAAACGAUCGUUGCCAUCAACAAGGAUCCCGAGGCACCGAUCUUCCAGGUCGCUGACUACGGGUUGGUGGCCGACCUGUUCAAGGUGGUACCGGAGAUCAACGAAAAGUGCUAACAAAGCACCGACACAACAAACCGGCCUGUCGCGAGUGAACACGCUAAGAGAAGGUCCGAAUUUCCUUUCCAACCCGAAUGUAUCCGCGGUGUGUCGUGCAAGUGACUCAUCUUGUCGGAAGAUUUUUUAAAGUGUGUUGUAUUAGUUAUAGGCGCAAAAAUUUAGCUACAGUAUAAUAACAUAUAUCGGGCUCAAAAGUAAACACUGUCUGGUUUGUUGGUGGUCCCCAGAGUUGCUGGUGAAAAACUAUUACACGGCGCUGUAGUGUGUAGCGUUCCGGGGUAUUCUAUUUCUUCGGUGCAAUAAUUCCUUCCAGCUGGGCCUGUGAAAACAUUGUGUGUUACAACCAGGGCAAAGCAUUGUCAAUAAAUAUGUUCGUUUUCAUAAAACAGAACAGUAUACAUCGUGUAUCUGAAUC